GGCUCUGGGAGAGGGCGGGCACUGCUGGGUGCCGCGCGGUGACUCGCCCUGGGAGCCGCCGCCGCUUCCUAGUAAACAGCCGGGCCGCGGGGCCGCGGAAGCCGAUGUCCGGCCGCGGCGCGUUCCCGCUCAGCCCCCUGACCCCCGCCCCCGGGGCCGCGCCGCCCCCUUCCGCCCCGGGGCCCGGCCUCAUGCGGGGCGCCAGCCCGGCCGGAGCGGGGGCCGCCGGAUACCGGCCCAUGGGGCCCGCCGUCGUCCAGUACCAGCGUCCUGGGAUGCCGCCGGGGAGCCGGAUGCCCAUGGCAGGAUUGCAGGUGGGAUCCCCGUCAGGACCCCCCCUAUGGAGCCGCCUCUCCGAUGCGACCAGGAAUGCCACAGUCGAUCAUGGAUCCCUUUCGAAAGCGCCUGCGGCUCCGCAGGCACAGCCCCCCCUGGCAAGCCAAAGGCGAGGGCUGAAAAGAAGGAAGAUGGCGGACAAGGUCCUACCACAGAGGAUCCGGGAGCUGGUCCCAGAGUCUCAGGCCUACAUGGACCUUCUCGCCUUUGAGCGCAAGCUGGAUCAAACCAUUGCGCGGAAGAGAAUGGAAAUCCAGGAGGCCAUCAAGAAGCCCCUCACGCAAAAGCGGAAGCUGCGGAUUUACAUCUCCAACACCUUCACCCCGGGCAAGGAGGAGGGGGAUGGCAGCGAGCGCGUGGCCUCGUGGGAGCUGCGCGUGGAAGGCAAGCUCCUGGAGGAUCCGAGUAAGCAGAAGAGGAAGUUCUCCUCCUUUUUCAAGAGCCUCGUCAUCGAACUGGACAAGGAGCUGUAUGGACCAGACAACCAUCUGGUGGAGUGGCACAGGAUGCCCACGACCCAGGAGACCGACGGCUUCCAGGUCAAGCGCCCCGGCGACGUCAAUGUGAAAUGCACCCUACUGCUCAUGCUGGAUCACCAGCCUCCGCAGUAUAAACUGGACCCUCGCCUGGCUCGCCUGCUGGGCGUCCACACCCAGACCCGGGCCAGCAUCAUGCAGGCCCUGUGGCUCUACAUCAAACACAACAAGCUGCAGGACAGUCACGAGAAGGAAUACAUCAACUGCAACCGCUACUUCCGCCAGAUCUUUAGCUGCAUUCGCAUGCGAUUCUCAGAGAUCCCCAUGAAGUUGGCAGGCCUGCUGCAGCAUCCGGAUCCCAUCAUCAUCAACCACAUGAUCAGCGUGGAUCCCAACGACCAGAAGAAGACAGCCUGCUACGACAUUGAUGUCGAGGUGGAUGACCCCCUGAAAGCUCAGAUGAGCAACUUCCUGGCCUCCACCACCAACCAGCAGGAAAUCGCCUCCCUGGAUACCAAGAUCCACGAGACCAUUGAGUCCAUCAACCAGCUGAAGACGCAGCGAGAUUUCAUGCUGAGCUUCAGCAACAACCCACAGGACUUCAUUCAGGAAUGGAUCAAAUCCCAGAGGAGGGACCUCAAGAUCAUAACAGACGUGAUUGGAAACCCCGAGGAGGAGAGACGAGCCGACUUCUACCAUCAGCCUUGGGCGCAGGAGGCUGCGGGGAGGCACAUCUUUGCCAAGGUUCAGCAGCGCAGACAGGAACUGGAACAAGUGCUUGGGAUUCGCCUCACCUAAUGGGCUGGGCACGGCUCAGGGGCUCGGCGCUCUCCUUGAGUGCCUGAGCCUGACGGUACAUCUGACUGGAAUGAAAUACAGCACUUGCACAAAGCUCUGAGCGUCUAGUGUCCCCAGGGGCUCCCAGCCCCGCGGCUUCUCUGGGUCGGUGCUCUCGCCAAAGGCACGGGGUGCAGCCUCUGCCUUUUCCCUGCCACUCUUCAUUCCGGCCCCUUUACUGCAUUACUGGCCUAACUUGCUGCCUGCGCGCCUCUCCCCGUAGUGUUCAUUGCAGGCUCGGCGCUCCUCCCCUGGGAACCAGAGCUUCCCCCUUCCCUUCCUCCCCUGGGAACCAGAGCUUCCCCCUUCCCUUCCUCCCCUGGGAACCAGAGCUUCCCCCUUCCCCUCCUCCCCUGGGAACAGAGCUUCCCCCUUCCCUGGGACCCAGAGCUUUCCCCUCCCCUGCCUGCCUGGGCCAGAGCCUUGCUGGAGUCGCUGACCAGAGGGUACGAGCUCUCCCUGAGCUGAAGCCAAGGGGCCUCCUAGGCACUUCUCCAUACUGAGCGAUGCGGCCAGAGCGUCACAACAGCCCCACAGGCUCCUGAGCUUCAGCCCUGGGAGGCCAAGGGCUUCGCCUGCUUCCCCCUGAGCCCGUGCCAGCCUCUCCCCUGCGCGCGGCGGGCAGGCAGUGGCUGGCACUUUUGAAACCAAAGCUUUGUCCAUUCCAAAGGCCGGCCGAGCUGGCGUUGUGUUUUGCACUAUGUUUGUGAGCAGGGUUUAUAAAACGAAGCCUUUUGUACAGUGGGUUUGUAUUUGAUUAAUAGACGAGGUUUCCCCCAGUCCUGCGCUCACACCUAAACCUAUGCAAUGGGUUCACUUAGUCUGAGUCGCUGACAAUCAGCUGAAUGUUCCAGCCUCCCUCUUCUCACAUCCAGCGGGUGGGGGGCUGCUGGGGCAGGGGCCGGAAGAGGCGGCUCUGCCAACUGCCUGCAGACUCCAUUACUCAGGGCAGUGCACAUAGGACUAGACCAAGGGGAGAAGCCAGUGUCUCUGUUCCAACAAAGGUGACACCAUGAGCUGGGCUCUCCCAUGUGCCUUAGCCCCAGCCCUGCCCCUUAUGCUGCCCUGGCAGGAGGGAACAGGGGCAGUUUCCUGGGGGGCAGGGCAGCCCUGCAUGGUAGAAUUAGGCAGGCAGGGGCUGGCAGUGAGGCUUGGGCCGCUUGCUCUUGUAACCAUUUUGUCUGGGUUGGAUAUUUUCUAAUAAAAACAUUUUAGCAGCA